CGCAACAAGACAUCUUCUCGACAUUCCGCCGACAAAUCGAAUUUAAACAACACAACACAACGCAACGAGAACAAGAACUCAACCGAACACAACACAACACAACCGAACCAUGUCCACGGUCGCACUAAAGGGGAUCCUGUCGCACAACGAGACCAAGGGAGAAUGGUCCUGGAGUGGCCGGUGGGUCUUUGGAGACUGCGUGCCCGAGCUUGAUCCAGAACCGACCGACCCAAAGAGCAGCACCACCACCCACCAAAAAACCGCUCCUUCCUCCUCCCAGCCCUUUUGGUACCGCUGGGUGGGUCCGGUGGCUCCAUCGGGCGUAGCGGUGCCCUCGCUAAAGCACGAGCACGAGCGGCAGCCCGAAGAGGGAGCCGAAACCAGGCCGAAACCCCCUCCCUCCCGCGGGAAUGCCAGCGGCGGUCCGGAGAACGCCCGCGGGCCAAGCGGCGCCGAACCAGAACGCCACGCCUCGCAGCAUCCGGACGGAGCGGCCGCGUCCGAGCCCUCUUUGGUGGCACCCUUUCCCGAGACGGCGGGCGGUGGUUCCGAACCAAACGCAGAAGCAGCGGCAGCGACGAAAGCAGAAACGGCAACGGGGACGAAGGGUCACCAGGAAACUACCGGAAACAGCAGUGGCAAUGGCACAGCGGGGGAGCAGCAACAACAGCAGCAACAACAACAGCAGCAGGAGCAGAGGAAGGAGCAAGGCCCCCCCGCCACCGGUCUUGCGGGAGCAGCUGCAGAAAAAGCGGCGACAACAACCAACGACGCUUUGGUGGCAAGGGGGCAAGCGGACGAAAGGACCGCCGGUAGCACUCCAAUCACGGCGGCGGCUGCCGCCGAGGGUCCCUCGAAGAGCACAAAAAAAACACCGGACGCGACACCACCAGAGCCUCCCGGUGCCUCCUCGUCGUCGUCUUCUCCCCCAACGAUCCCGGGGGCCGGCGACAAGGCCCGCAGCGAGUCGAUCCAUCGGUCGUCGCCCCCCGCGGCGACCGAACCACCGGCAAAGGCAGACGCAGACGCAGACGCAGAUGCCCGCCAGCACCAACCACCCCACGGCGAGACCCGCACGGAGCCUCCCCCGCAGGGCGAGGCGCCCCCGCCCGGGGGGAUGCUUCCCCCCGGGACGGUCACCUUUGCCACGAUCAUGCCGGGCUUUCUCGAGGCGUCGUCCCUGGGAACCGCCAACGCCAAUACCGAAAGCAGAAGCACCCAACGAACCUCUCCCCUGCAAUGCCCGGAGAGCGGCCGGUGGAGGGGGCACUUUGAGAACGCCGUGGCGGCCCCCCGCAAGCGAUCCGCGGGCCGGAACAAGGCGCAGAAACAAAAGCACAAGCAGAAACAACAACAACAACAACAGCAGCAGCAGCAAAGGGAGGUCCAGAAGAUCGACGAGGAUUUUUGCCUCUUUCUGAACGCGGCCCCCUGCCCCCAGCCCGGGGCAUUCGGAACGGGCGGGGAGGGCGGUGCCGAUGCGAGUGCCGAUGCGCGCACCGGGGAAGCUUCCGUGGACCUUUUUGCCUUUCCCAACACGACCAAAGACCACGUUCCCAGAAUCCCGGGGCCCGCCACCGGUACCGCCUCGACUACGGAGGAAUCCCAAGCCCGGCAGCAAGAGAAGCAACUACAGCAAGAGACACAACAACAACAGCAGCAGCAACCGAACCCCGGACCGGCCAUCCCCCUGGUGCAGGUCCGGGGCUGCGGGGAGAACCGCUUCGGGACCUUCGAGAUCGUCGGGUACCUCGACCCCAACACGAUGGUGAUGGAGAUCCAGAGGCAGUACGUGGCCGUGGACCCGGCUCCGGCCUCCCCGCCGUCGAGCCGGCGGAGGCGGUCCCUCUCCCACCAGCAGGGCCAGCUCUCGUCCUCCGAGGGACCCCGGCCCCACUCCACCCGGAGGCGGAACCCCACCUGGAAGCGGGCCUCGUACCAGACCGAGGACGACCGCCGGCGGAAAAAGGCCCGACCGGGGCAUUCGCCGUCCCUGUCGUCGUCGUCGUCCCCGCAGAACGGUGCCCCCGGACCGGCCGGAUCCCCCCUCGCGUCUCCGGGCACCGCCGCCGGGUCCCCGCUGCGGUCCUCGGUUCCCUUUUCCCUGGAGCCGGCGAUCCCCGGUGGCCCGGGCCACCCCCUUCCCCGGUCGUCGCUGGUCUCCGGCAGCGGCCCGGAACGGGCGGUGCUUUCGUCGUCGUCGUUGUCGCACCCGCAUUCGCAUUCGUCGGCUGCGGGCAGGAAGGGGGGGAAGUCUUCCACCAAGUCGAGGCUCGUGCUGCCGACCCAGUCAAACGUUGCGGCAUCCUCCCAGUCCCAGGUUUCGCUCCUCUCGGGCGGCGGCAGGGGAAGCAAGAAACGAGCGGCCCCGGAGGGCCUCGUCCGUGCCAAGAAGCGCUCCCCGGGAAAGGCUUCUUCCGCCACGGGUGGACCGGCACCGUCCUCCUCGGCGAAAAACGGCUCGGCCUACAUCCACCUGCCCCACGUGGGGGAUCCCAAGAAGGCCCGCUGGAGGGCCGCCCAUUUUUUGUACUACCAGCGCGAGGACCCGGACCAGCAGCCGCCUCCGUCGCAGCCGCAAUCCGGCAGCAACAACCACAAUAGCAACAACAGCAACAGCGGUAACCAUCCCGCAAGCAGAGAAAGCGGCGGCGGCAACGGGGGCAAGAAGCAGGGUGGCGACGGCGACGAACCCCACGGCGGCUCCCGCAGCAAGCCCAGGUACGUCGUCUACGAGGGGGAAAUGGUCGACGGCAAGCGCGAGGGCCGCGGGAUCUGCCUCUUUUCGGACGGAACACUGUACGAGGGGGAGUGGAAGCGCAACAAGGAGCACGGAUACGGGACGCUGACGACCUCGGACCGGACCCGGACGAUCUACGAGGGGGAGUGGGAGCGCGGACGCAUGCAGGGAAAGGGGGUGUACUACUACGGGUCGUCCGACCCCCAAAACCCGGGGCCGAGGUACGCUGGCGAGUUCCGGGAAAACCUCCGGUACGGUUCGGGGACCUACUUUUUGCCGGACGGGUCGGUGUACGACGGGCAGUGGAGGGACGGCGUCAUGAACGGCCACGGGCUCUUCACCUGGCCGGACCAGAGCCUGUACGACGGGGCCUGGAAGGACGGGAAGCGUCACGGACAGGGCCUGCUGAAAAAGGCGGACGGCUUUUUGUACGACGGUCAGUGGGUGAACAACACGAUGGAGGGCCGCGGGUCGGCCGUCUACCCCAACGGCCAGAAGUACGAGGGGUCCUUCCACAAAGGGCGCCGCGAGGGCCGCGGGACCAUCGUCUUUACCAACGGCGCCGUCUACGAGGGGAGGUUCCGCGACGACGCGGUCGACGGGCAGGGGACGAUGAAAAUGGCCCGGACCAUCGUGGUGCCGAGGGAGAAGGGCCGUUCCGGCGGAUCGGAGAACGAGAGCCCGCGAUCGCCGGCGACGGCGACGUCCGGGGGAACCGGCGAGAAGCAAGACUUUAUGAUCCCCAUUUCGUUCCAGAGCGACAUGACGCGGAUCUUGACCAAGACGGGGUUCAUGUGACGGAGCUUGCGGAUGGAUGGAUUGAUGGUAUGGGAUGCGAUGGAAUGAAUAUCUGCCGUGCAUGGAGCGAUUGAACCCUUCGUGGUCGAGUGGACGGUUGCCCAACCGCGUAGCACAGAAGCCGGGGCGUGGUACGGAAGGUUUCGGAAAGCAAUCGUUCGAAGACAGGUGUGCAACAAAAAAUACCGGGAAUUCGAUUUUUUGGGAAUCCGUCGUUGUGAGCCUAACAAACGCAGAACACUUAA